UCCAUGGUAUAAGGAUUGAAACAUACAUAAAUCUAAUAUCUCCCCCAUGGCCCCAUGGCAGAAGAGGUAAGAGGAUAGAGUCUCAUAGUUCGCCGGAAAUCAUGGCAACGCUGCCUCGCUCCACUUCUUCUUCUUCUUUUCUCUUCCAGCAAUUCAGAAGUGGAGGCAUUACAAUAGUUAAACCAAACUUGUCCCUAAACUCAAAAACCAAGAAAGCAAAUCUCUCUGCAACAAAGAAUGAAAAAAUUAAGCUUCCUACAUAUAGUAACGGCAACCAGGAAGCAUUUCAUAUUAGCAAGUUCCUUAGCCAUCCAUCCGGGAUUGAAGCCAUUUUGAACAAGAGAGCCUUGCAGAGCUUGCAAUCCCUAAAUUCUAACUUGUACAGAUGUACUCUUCCACAAAUUCAAUUUUUGAAUUUUGAGGUUGCCCCUGUCCUAAUUUUACAAGUAACAUCAUCUAGCGAAGAUUGCAGAGUUGAGAUGUUGUCUUGUAAGUUUGAAGGUUCAGAGGUUGUGGAACGCCAGAAUGAACAUUUUUCAGCAUCCAUGAGGAAUUAUAUAACAUGGGAGACCAUUGAUUCUGAGGCAUUCUUAAACAUUGAUGUGAAGUUGGAUCUCUCUCUUGAGAUAUAUACCCAGCCAUUGACUUUGCUGCCAGUCUCUGCUGUUGAGCGUCCUGGAAAUAUAAUGAUGCAAGCUUUGGUGGAUAGGUUAGUACCCCUGCUUCUGCAACAAUUGUUGCAUGACUACGAUCAAUGGGUUCGCACCCAACUCCCAUGAAUUAUUUUGUUUGCCCUGUUACACACCAUCACCAAACUUAUAAUAAAUUAAUUACGCACUUUACUUAUUUCAAUCAUGUUUUUAUGUAAACAACUUCUAGAUUUAUUU